UAUUCUUCAAAAGUACCACGAUGGAUUCAGUUGUUCUCGAGACCAGUCUUGGAGAUAUUCAGCUUGAAUUAUACUGGAACCAUGCCCCUCGGACGUGUCAGAACUUUGCCGAGCUUGCAAAACGCGGCUAUUACAACGGCGUCGUGUUUCAUCGAAUUAUCGCGGAUUUUAUGAUUCAAGGUGGUGAUCCAACUGGAACCGGUCGAGGUGGAACGAGCAUUUACGGGCAGAAAUUCGAGGAUGAGAUACAUCCAGAACUGCGCUUUACGGGUGCAGGAAUCCUCGCAAUGGCGAACUCGGGGCCCAAUACAAACGGAUCUCAGUUCUUCAUUUCGUUGGCGCCCACACCCUACCUGGAUGGUAAACACACCAUUUUCGGCCGGGUGAGUUCAGGCAUGCGUGUCGUGCAGAGAUUAGGUGCUGUUGCGGUUGAUGCUCAGGAUCGGCCAAGAGAAGAUGUGAAGAUACAUAAGGCUCGGACGAUGUGAUUGACCGUGUAUUCUUACGUUUGCCUUCGAGCGGCAUCCUGGCAAUCUGCGCUUUGUUGAUAGGCCUGUCUGAACAUUGGGCACGUCUUCAUGCGGAAGUCCAGCCCUACGUGGAAUGUUCUAUUUCGUUCCAGACUCUCGUGGUUUAGGAUUAGUGCUUGAAGUGAGAAUUCGAUUGAUAUUCUUUUACCAAAUAAAUAACAUGACCGCUGUCAACUUGAACCGACCAGGGUCCCGACAUUGCCACAUCAUCCAUCUGUAAGCAGGGGAAGUGUUAUUAUAUUACCGAC